GUUCCGAUCAAACAUUAAGCCGGAGGAAAAUCUGCGGGAGGGUAUCCUGUUCAGUCGGAAUGGUGCAUCUGAUACAUACUGGGAUCCCCGCCAGAACAUCAAACAAGAGGAAAGCCAGAAGGAGAAGGAUGGUAUUCUGUUUAGCAGGAGUACCUCCUCUGAGGCCUCGUCUACUCCUGGAAUUCGUGGAAUCCUUAAAAAAUCCAAUGGCUAUCGCGCUCCGGAGCCAUCUCCAGUUGAAGUCGAGAUCGCACCUGUCAUCGCACCGGUUGUUGCGCCUGUCGUCGCACCCCCUGUCGCACCCCCGGACGUUCCUGCUGAAGCUCCAAAGGGCAAGAAAGGGAAGAAGGGUCAAAACGCCAAGCAGCAGGCGAAGAAAGCUGAUGUAGUAGAGAAGCCUGCGGUAACCAUACCUCCGCCUGUGGUACCUGCAGCGCCCAAGCCAGUAGUCAAUGGGAAGUUGGGAGGGAAAAAUAAUCAAGCACCAACGGCCCAAAAAUCGGUCAGCAGUGCUCAGAAUCAAGCCAUGGCCGGUCCUUCCAAGGUCAACAAGACGGCCACCGCUAAGUCCAUGAAGGCUACCGUCGAAGACAUUGUUGAGGAGACAGAUGAUGAAUGGAGCAAAAUACCCGUAGAGGAGGCGGAACCAGUGCCAGAGAUCAAAGGCGAUGACAUCGAUGUUGAGGAUUCUGGCGAGGCAUCAUGGUAUGGCGCAGGGGAGGGUGGAUAUUGGAGUGGUAUGGCGGGAGGCACCAUUCCCGAAGUAUCUUCAGAACAAGAACCAAAGCAUGUGCGGUGGAUGCCACCUUCGAUGGUAUCAGAUAUCGAACCUAGAUUCACACCGAAUGCGGCUGCCAACAUGUUCGAUGCCGGGGAUGGUGAUGACAUGGAGCGAGAGGUCUUCUAUUACGCACUUUCUGGAGGCGCAUUUACUACCGAUGGGUUCUCUGCGCCUGGCGUACCCUCUUAUCCUGAGGAUGAUCAAACUGAAAGCCCAGGGAUCGAUUUUUCCUCAGCCUUUCAGGCUGGAUUCCCCGACUUUGGAAAUAAAGGGCAGAAAAGCGAGGACGUGAAACCGGUUGUAGGGAAGGGAAAGGGAAAAGAAAGAAGUCGACAGGAGUCGUCGUUUGGUACCAAAAAGGCCCAAGAGACCCCAUGGCCUAGCAUGGAGACAUGGAUGAGUGCUUCAUCUCGAAUGGGAGGCCAGAGUUCAGGAUCAGCUCGCUUUUUGUGAAGGGAUUGGUGAUUUAUUUGAUAACUCGUAUGCUUAUCUAUAGCUGGUUCUUGAUGCUCUCGUUGCUUUCUUGCUGUUUCUUCGUCCUAUAGUGCAAUGCAGUUGAUGAUUUCUUGACU